AAGUGGCUGUUCCACUGGAUGUCUUAAGGUGAACGCACCAAUUUGUAAGUCGCUCUGGAUAAGAGCGUCUGCUAAAUGACUUAAAUGUAAUGUAAAAUGUAUCUAUGAGCUUAUGUCAUACUCUUUAAAGGGUGAAAUAAUAAUAGGGUUCGUUACCAAACGUGACAUAACAUUUUGUUGAUAAAAUGCAACUGUACUUUAUAAAGGGUGACAUAAUGCAUGAUUACUAAGAUUCAAUGCUGUAUGAAACUACUUAUAGAUGGUCUUAUAUUUUACUGUACAGUCAUGGCAAAAAGUUGUGAGAAUGACACAAAUAUUCAUUUUCACAAUGUCUGUUGCCUCAGUUUUGCAAUUAAUUGCAAAGUCCCUAUUUGCCAUGCAAAUGAACUGAAUCCUCCAAAACAUUUCCACUGCAUUUCAGCCCUGCCACAAAAGCACCAGCUGACAUCAUGUCAGUGAUUCUCUCAUUAACACAGGUGUGAGUGUUGACGAGGUCAAGGCUGGAGAUCACUCUGUCAUGCUGAUUGAGUUUGAAUAACAGACUGGAAGUUUCAAAAGGAGGGUGGUGCUUGGAAUCAUUGUUCUUCCUCUGUCAACCAUGGUUACCUGCAAGGAAACACGUGCCGUCAUCAUUGCUUUGCACAAAAAGGGCUUCACAGGCAAGGAUAUUGCUGCCAGUAAGAUUGCACCUAAAUCAACCAUUUAUCGGAUCAUCAAGAACUUCAAGGAGAGCAGUUCAAUUGUUGUGAAGAAGGCUUCAGGGCUCCCAAGAAAGUCCAGCAAGAGACAGGACCGUCUCCUAAAGUUGAUUCAGCUGCAGGAUCGGGGCACCACCAGUACAGAGCUUGCUCAGGAAUGGCAGCAGGCAGGUGUGAGUGCAUCUGCACGCACAGUGAGGCGAAGACUUUUGGAGGAUGGCCUGGUGCCAAGAAGGUCAGCAAAGAAGCCACUUCUCUCCAGGAAAAACAUCAGGGACACACUGAUAUUCUGCAAAAGGUACAGAGAUUGCUGAGGACUGGGGUAAAGUCAUUUUCUCUGAUGAAUCCCCUUUCAGAUUGUUUGGGGCAUCCGGAAAAAAGCUUAUCCGGAGAAGACAAGGUGAGCGCUACCAUCAGUCCUGUGUCAUGCCAACAGUUAAGCAUCCUCAGACCAUUCAUGUGUGGGGUUGCUUCUCAACCAAGGGCCAUGAAUAAAGAAUGGUACCAACACAUCCUCCGAGAGCAACUUCUCCCAACCAUCCAGGAACAGUUUGGUGACGAACAAUGCCUUUUCCAGCAUGAUGGAGCACCUUGCUUGAUAACUAAGUGGCUCGGGGAACAAAAUAUCAAUAUUUUGGGUCCAUGGCCAGGCAACUCCCCAGACCUUAAUCCCAUUGAGAACUUGUGGUCAAUCCUCAAGAGGCGGGUGGACAAACAAAACCCACAAAUUCUGACAAACUCCAAGCAUUGAUUAUGCAAGAAUGGGCUGCCAUCAGUCAGGAUGUGGCCCAGAAGUUAAUUGACAGCGUGCCAGGGCGGAUUGCAAAGGUCUUGAAAAAGAAGGGUCAACACUGCAAAUAUUGUCAGGGUUUACUAGGAGUGGUGGGUAGGAGCCAGGCGCAGCAAGCAGAUGGUUCGGUGAAAUGUAAUGAUUUAUUCUCCAGCACAAACGGUCACGCCAAAUACAGGGCGCAUAACACAACCAACAGAGUAACAAAAUAAUCCGGCACAAACCUAAGCGGGCCUAACAGGUUUAAGUAGACAAAAAUCAAGAAACACAAAAAGGAACAGGUGCAACUAAUAAAACUAAACUAACAGAAAAGGAAAAAGGGACCGGCGACGACGACCGACAAGCACCGACCAAACAGGCAGGGGAGUCGUGACAUCAUGUAAUUGUCAAUAAAAGCCUUUUACACUUAUGAAAUGCUUCUAAUUAUACUUCAGUAUUACAUAGUAACAUCUGACAAAAAUAUCUGAAGACACCGAAGCAGGAAACUUUGUGGAAAUUAAAACUUGUGUCAUUCUCAAAACGUUUGGCCACGACUGUAUAUAUACACAUAACUGUUUAUGUUUACUGGCUAGGUUUUCUGAGUGAGAUCUGUCUGAGCAGUCCAGAGUCUAAAUCAGACAUUAGACUGUAUGGAGCCUGAGGGAGACCCUGGAGUCAUGAGUAGGAGAGCCAAGCGGGAGAGAAUGGAGUCUCCUGCUCCCAGCUGUCUCUCUAUGAAUAGUGCCAGGUCAAUGGAGCAACCAUAUGGUUUUAAAAGAGAACCCUUGACCCCUGAUUUGAGUGCCAGUCUGCUGACUGAGGAUCAGUUCAGAUGUUCUGUGUGUUCAGAGGUGCUGAGGGACCCGGUCUCCAUUCCCUGUGGACACAGUUACUGCAGGCAGUGCAUCAGCACAUACUGGGUCCAGCCCGGCCCCGCAGGAGACUAUGUGUGUCUCCAGUGCAGUAAUAGAUCCAGAGACCGGCCAGUGCUCUGCACUAACACAGCCUUGGCCAGGUUGCUCCAGGGGCUCCAGCAGACAGGCUUCAGUCCUGCCCUCCCUGCUCUGGGCUAUGCUGGGCCUGGGGACGUGGCCUGUGAUAUCUGCUCUGGACAGAAGCUCAGAGCGGUGAAGUCCUGUCUGACCUGCACUGUCUCCUACUGUGAGAGCCACGUCAGGCAGCACUAUACUGUCCCAGCACUGCAGAGACACACCCUGGCUGAUGUCACUGGAGACGGGGGACACAAAGGUCACCAAGGCAACACUGGACAGACAGAGAGGAUCAAAGAGGAGGAGACUAUGGACACUGAGGAGGAGGAGAGGGAAGGUGUCUCUAAAAAGAUGACAGAAGUUAAAGAGGAGGAAGAAGAUUCUGAUGAGGGACUUUCUGAUCUGAAGAAGAACCCUAAAACUAAAACUCUUGUCUCUGAAGUGAAGAACAUCUCUAAGUUCUUCUCAGACUUGCAGCAGGAGAACUCUAAUCUUAAACAUGUUGUUCGUGAACUCAGUAAAAAGAAUGCUGUGUUAAAACAAGAGGCAACAUUUGAGAAAGAACUGGUGGACAUCAGAACUGCUGCUCUGAAUAAGAUCACAGCUCAUCUCAUCUCAGACCCACAGCAACAGAGAGAGGCUGAGUUUGUGAGAAGAAACCUGAAGAAUAUGACCAUGGACUAUGUGGAUGUGACUCUUGAUCCUGAUACAGCACAUCCCAAACUCAUCCUGUCUGAAGACAGGAAACAAGUUAGAUGUGGAGAUGUAUGGCAGGAUCUCCCUGACAACCCAGAGAGGUUUGAUAUCUCUGUCUGUGUUGUGGGAAAGGAGAGUUUCUCCUCAGGGAGAUUCUACUAUGAGGUCCAGGUGACGGGGAAGACUGGCUGGUGUUUAGGAGUGGCCACGAAGUCCAUCAACCUGAAGGGGACCAUUUACCUGAAUCCUGAGGAUGGAUACUGGACUGUGAUGCUGAGGGAUGGACAGUACUGGGCUGGCGCUGUCCCCACUGUCCCCAUCUUUCUUAGAGAGGAGGUCCAGAAGGUGGGGGUGUUUGUGGAUUAUGAGGAAGGUCGGGUCUCCUUCUAUAAUGUGGAGGCCAGGUCUCACAUCCACUCUUUUACCGGCUGUACCUUCACUGAGAAACUCUAUCCAUUCUUCAGCCCUGGUAAUAAUUACACAGGUCAAAACACAACCCCACUGGUCAUCACUCCUGUAGAUGUCACUGACUGACUGGUUUGUACCAAACAUAGAAAUACUGUUAACAUAACUGAUAAUGUAAUAGUGACCAAAUAAUGUAAUAAUUCAUUGUAAUGUAAAACAUAUUAUAUAAAUCAGCAGAUAAUGUAUUCACUUUUUACAUUUAUAAUACAAUAACUUUUCCUGAUAAUGUAAUCAUUCAAUUACAGUUAUUAAUGCAGAACUAAGUUAUUUUGUGGAUAAGGUUAAAUAAAUGAAGUGUUAACAUAGUAAACCCCAGUUUGCCAGUGACCAAACCAUUCAGUGACCAAACCAUUCAGUGACCAAACCAUUCAGUGACCACUCGUGCUCUGUGGAUGGGGGCAUUGUCAUCCUAUGGGUCAUAGCCAUGGUAGCCAAAAUAAUGUCCCGCCCAGCAUUUUUAUACAUGACCCUAAGCAUGAUGGGCUGUUAAUUGCUUAAUUAACUCAGGAACCUCACCUGUGUGGACGUACAGUACCUGCUUUCAAUAUUCUUUGUAUCCCACAUUUACUCAGGUGUUUCCAUUAUUUUGGCAGUUACCUGCAGUGCUUGACUUGGGCAGGAGUUCACCUGAGCUGAGUACCGGCACCUCAAAUGUUCUACUUGAGCUCCUGUACCUCUUAUAAAAUAUUAGCUCCAAAGUAUUGUGGAGUUCCUGCACCUAAAUAUAAACAGUACCGGCACCAAAAAACCAGCACCUAUUUCAGUCCAAGUCGAGGUUUUCUAUGUCAAUGUACAGCCACAAGAUGGUGUUGUUUCCCUACAGUCCAUUAAGUACAAUAAUGUACUUAAUGCUUACCGGAGCAACAUUGUAGUAAUGUUGUUAUGUAGCUUUGAGAAUGCAGAUGAGGAUAACAUUUCACAUCCUCAAGUCAGCCUUCAAUUAAAACCCUUAUUGGAAGAGUGUUUUUCAAGCAAGAUUUAAGAGAUUGCCAUUUGGUUUCUGCACACACACACCUAGAACCAGUUGGGUUCAUGCUGGACUUAGCAGGCUGGGCUGUUAGCAUCAUUGAUUAGCCACCUAGAGUUUUCUUAUCUUAGAAUCAUCACAGCGCAUCGAUCUCCAGCCUCCAGAGAGAGAUCAGACUUCACUCAGAUAGACACUGUUAAUGUGACUGAGGAACUACUGAGUAGAGGUGGAUGGAAGCUGAGGGGAGGGUUACCUACUCAACCACCACAUUCAUAGUGUGCUGUCUAAAGGAGGAUGUAUUAUAUUGGAGGGAGAGGUCUGGUUUUGAUGUUGAUAUUUACACUUGUAAACUGAAUAUGCCUUUCCUAAUAAAGUUGUUUUGAAUUUAA